AUGACCACAGAUCCACAAUCAACCGAAAUGACCGAGGAGGAGCGAUUCGUCCAAUACAUCAUGGCCCCCUUCAUCAAUAUCCUCGAUAAAGUCUUCCGAUUCAACCUUCCCUGGAAAGAAUGGGGCUUCGUCAUCUUCCGCACAACAGCUUAUGGCCCUGAACAUGAGGACGAAUGGCAACGAUGCCGACUGCGCUGGGACGAGAUUAUGGAUGAUCUCCUUGCCCCACUUCGUGGCAAUGACCCGCGCGUUGAUAAAGCUAUUGACCUGAUUCGGUUUCAGUGGGUUGAGGAUCCCGCUUUGGAUGGGGCAUCUCCGGCAGAAAUAGCUACACGAUACAGGGAAAUGUCCCCAUCUCGAGGCUUGAAUCAUAGUGUCUGCUUGGCUAUUACCCGACCGGCUUUAAAAUCUGUUCUAGAGUCGCCUUUGCCGUCCUCUGCGCCCCGUCGCGAACGGUCUAGGAUACCGUUUGUUGUUACUAUUGCUUCUUUUACUGGGACUUUGCCACCUGUAGACGAAGAAGAGGAUAUUGCCGGGCAGGACUUCAAAGGGUAUUUCAAUGUUGCCAUUGAAGGCCUCCUGGAGAGUUUAUUUCCCAUUGUCGCGUUGGAUAUGAGGGAUCUUCAUGUUGUCGCUGUUGGAUUGAGAAGUGAGGAUAUUUGGUGUUCUAGUGAUAGAUUUGGGAUUCUUAGGGUAAAUGUGUGA